AUGAAAUCUAAUUCAAGACUGAAACUAGCUCUUCAUUUCACGAAGUAUAGCAUAACAUUAUUAUGUUGUUGGCCACCUCGUAAUCCUAGCAAAUUACAACAUUUCAUUUUUGAAUUGUCAUGGUGGCUAAUGUUUAUAUCUUCAUUGUGUUUACUUUUUCCACUGAUCAAUGCAGUUUAUAUUUAUAAAAAUAAUUCCGGAAUUAUGACGAAAUCUAUUUGUCUUUCCUGCGCUGUUUCUCAAUGUACAUUAAAAACUUUAUUGUGUCGAAUACGUCGCACCAAAUUACAGAAACUACUAGAAGAAAUGGAGGAUUUUGUGGAUUAUCCUAGCGAGCUAGACAGAAAAAUUCUUGAAAAGUAUAUUUCACAAUGUACUAUGUUACACGUCGGCGUUGUAAUAUGGGCUUAUUUGACAUCAAUUUCAUUUAUAAUUGGACCUUUCUUAAAUUCUCAACCAUUUCCAACUGAUGCAGUGUAUCCUUUUUCAGUAGAUAAUACAUUCGUAAGGAUUCUCGUAUAUUGUCAUCAAUCUCUUGUUGGACUACAGACAUCAGCGGCAGUUCUACUUGAUUGCUUAGUAGCAGUAUUAUUAUGGUUUAUAAGUGCUAGAUUUGAAGCAUUAGCAAUAUCUAUUCAUAAAUACAACAGCUUUGAUGAAAUUAAAAUUCAUAUUGAACAUUAUCAAAGAUUAUUACGAUAUACGAAUGAUAUUAAAGAAACAAUAGAUUUAUUUAUAUUUGCUACGAUACUAACUUCUGCUGGUGGUAUGUUAUUCGGUGCCAUUCAAUUAGCUGUAGACCAGCCCUUAGCUAUCAAAGUACAAUAUGCUGUUGUAGUGGUUACAGGAAGUGUAGGUCUUUUUAUAUGUUCCUGGGCAGCUGAUACUCUACUUCAGUUGGGAUACCUCAUCGGAAUAAAUAUAUUUCAAACCAACUGGUAUGCUAUGGAAAGGAAAUCAAAAUUAUGUUUAAUGUAUUUAAUUGCCCAGUCACAACAUCCAAUAACGAUAAAAGCAAAUCAUAUUCUCCCUGCAUUAUCGCUACAAUUCUUUUCUCAGUUUCUUAUAACAUCUUUCAAAUUUUUUACAAGUAUGAGAAUCAUGAUGGGGAUAAAAAAAAUGAAAUUCUAUGAGAAUCCUAGAAGUUAUUACAAUGCACUUCGAUUGGCUGGUCAAAUGCUAGCUAUUUGGCCAUCAAAAAUUGGCGCAAGUGUGACUGAAAUACUGUUUCAUGAAGUAAAAUGGUGGUUCUCAUUUUUAAAUAAUACUGUGAUACUUUUAACACCGCUAAUAUUGGGAGUGUACUAUUUUAGAAAUCAAUCUGUUUUAAUGACCAAAGCUUUAUGUGAAUUAACUGCUGUCAGUGAAGUUUUUAUAAAUCUUCUACAAUUCAAAACUCAAAAUAAUAACUUUCAGAUAAUUCUUCAUGAAAUGGACGAUUUUAUUCAAAAAGCAAAUAAGUAUGAAGAACUAACCAUUCAAAAAUAUAUCAAUAGAUACAAAAAUUUCCAACAAUUCCUUGGUUUUUCUUUUAUAAGUACUGCAACUCUAUUUGUCUGUAUACCUAUCGUGACUUCACAACCACUUCCAGCAGAUGGAUGGUAUCCUUUUUCUUUAGAGUCUUUUCCAGUUCAUAUCUCCAUAUAUAUAUUGCAAGUUAUAGCUAUUGGCGCAGUUGGAUUUGGUUUCGUUAUUGAUAUUCUACUUGCAACUAUUCUUUGGUUCUGUGCUGUGAAAACUGAAUUAUUGGAAAACUACGUUUGCAGGGCCAAAGGGAAAACGGAUAUAAAAUACUGUGCUUAUCAACAUCAACAACUUAUUUCAUAUGCCAAACGAGUGGAGAUUGCUGUAAAAUAUGUUAUACUGAAAACAAACGUAACAAUGCUUCUAUGCAGUAUAUGCGGUGCUUAUCAAUUGAUCAAUCAUGAGCCUUUUGAAGUAUUAAGUCGGUUUAUACUUAUGACUAUAGCAGGAUCAUUUAGACUUUAUGCAAGCGCUAAACCAGCAGAUGAUCUAAAGGAAAAUUGUGAAAAUUUAGCUAGGUCAGCUUUUGUAGCAGCUUCAAAACAGGAUUCGCUAUCGAAUUCAAGACUUGCAUUGAUGCUAGCUUAUCGUUGUCAGACACCAAUAGUCAUUUCCGUGACCGGAAUCAUCAAAUCUUACUGCUUAGAAUACUAUGGCUUUUGUAUGCAAAGAAAUAUUCUCAAAAAAUUACAAAAUGAUUUGGAAAAUCUCGGCAAAUCAUUUUUUAUUCCUGUUUUGCUCAUCAAUUAA